AUGUCUUCUCCUGUCCCUCCCUCUGCCCCUCCGCAUCGAGACCAGGGUCUUCCUUCGGAGCAGACCGAAGUAAAAGAAGCUGCGUUGUCUCAGCCCUCUGGCUUGUCGCAGCCAACCGCCGAGGCUCGGCCUCGUUACGAAGUGCAUUCAGGCACUCGUUUUGAAAUGCUUACGGGAAGAGCCCGUCAAGAGGGUCAGCCUCAAGCUGACACCUCCCUUUACGAUGGCAUGAUGCUAUCUGAUCAGCCAACAGCCGUUCAGCGCUUGCGGCCUCAUUCUCGGAUCCCUCGUCCUCGUCCUCUGGGCCAGGUCUUCACAACCCUGCCAGAGCUGGGUAUCAGCAAUGAUACCAAACCCGAAGAACAGGUGCCGGAUGUUCUUCGCCCGGGGGUUUCAACAACCCCCACCGAGAUAGAGGCUGCCAGCAACGACCGUCUGCGCCGCCUUGACCAGACGCCACGGGAACGCCACGGUCCUGUUCUGCGGAUUUCACCAGCUGCAGGCAGGUUCCUCGUGGGUUCCCCGAACGACGAUGAUCAGAUUGCCUCUCUGCCUUCGUUUCCCUCUGCGCCAUAUGUGCGCUCUCCGUACUCGCUGCGGAUCUCCUCCCCGCUGCGCCAGUCAUCCUCGCUGGCUUCGACCCCCAUCGGCAGCCAAGCAGGCCUAGUCAAGGCAAGCCGACCUGAGGGUCUCGACCCUUUGGCCCCGGUGCCUGCCCCGUCCGCCAACCAGCCUCCGGCAAACGACCCGGUGAGCCCCGCGACAAUUGCCCAGCCGCAAGGCGGGCAUGGGAAUUCAACUUCCCUGUCGUCGGCGGAAAUCACCCAGUGCGUCAACCGGCUGGGAAAGCGGUUGGUCAAGGAGAACGACGUCGAGCAGCAAAAGAAGCUGUACGCAGACUUGGUUCGUCUGGUCUCCCUCCGCGCCGACGUGAUGAGCCAGGAGGCCCUUCUUGCCGAGCAGGCGACCGCUCUCGUGGUGAUGGGUGCGGAGUCCCGUAGACGUCAUGGGAUGGCGUCUAUGCGGGCUCUCACCCUCUACCAAGAGGAUGGGAGCCUCCUCAACGAGGAGGUGCCGACUGAUCGGAUCGUCACGGAGUGGUAG